AUGUCGGAUUCGGAAGGCGAGUACGCCAUGGAACAAAGCAGACAACGACCGCAUGCAAAUGAAUACGAGGAUGAACGUGAAGAAGAUGAAGAGGAUGAUGAUGAUGAAGAGGAUGAAGACGAAGAAGACGAGCGACCUAAGAAAAAGAAGGCGCGUAAUAGAAGGCAUCGAAAAGGCGCAGCUGACCGUUUCCUUGACUUGGCGGCAGUGAGCGACGAUGACGAUGACCCAGAAGAUGACAUGGACGAAGAGGCGCCAGACUUUAUUGACGACCCGGAGGAUGUAGAAGACUCUAUAAAGCGGCCAUACCGUCACUUGCCUCCAAGUCGCUUUGAGGAGACAGAUGAACAAAGUCUUGAGCAAAUCGCAAGCGACAUUCACCGUCGAUACCAAGGGCAGUCCUCAGUCAGAUAUACUGGAGACAUGAAUGAAAUUCCGCAACGACUCCUUAUGCCCUCUGUCCACGAUGCAAGCUUAUGGCAAGUUCGCGUCAAGAUUGGCCGUGAACGAGAGCUUGUGUUCAGUCUGAUGCGCAAAGCCCUUGAUACCAAAUACGGCUCCCGUCCACUCCAAAUUCUAUCCGCUUUCCAACGUGACUCUCUACCGGGCAUGAUCUAUGUUGAAGCCCGUAGCUCACAACAAGUUAGUCACGCCUGCAACGGUCUAGUCGGUGUAUACCUGUCUCGAGGUAUUCACCUGGUGCCCAUAGAAGAGAUGGCGAGUCUCCUACAAAUCAAAACACAAGAGCAAACCGUUACCCCUGGUAGUUGGGUCCGCAUAAAACGCGGUAUUUACCAAGGCGAUCUGGCCCAAGUGGUUGACAUAACAGAGACGGGCGAAUAUGUAGGAGUGAAGUAUAUUCCCCGAAUCGACCUCAAUCCACGUGACGAUGCUUCACUUGAGGGCCCCGGCAAAAAACGGAAAAAGUCUACUUUCACAGGAAGUCAAGCGUCUUCUCGCCCGCCUCCACGCCUAUUCAACUAUGAAGAGGUCGUCGCAGCAUGGGGACGGAAGAAUGUCGUCAAGAGAAACCAAGUCUAUGUUUUCCAGAACGAGACGUAUAAGGACGGCUUCCUCGAAAAGGACCUGAAACUCAGCCAACUCGUGCUUGAGGACGUAAAUCCGACUUUGGAGGAGAUUACACAGUUCGCAAGACGACAAGAUAUUGAAACUGGUGAAAGCGUUGUAGACCUUUCAAUCAUCGCGGACGCGUCAAGGAAAGCAGCGAUAUCUGUGCUACAGCCAGGCGAUCAUGUCGAAGUCUUCGAAGGUGAACAAACGGGAGUGCACGGUAUUGUCGAGGAGAUCAACCAGGACGUCGUCACAAUCACGGCCGAAGGGGUCGAUUUCGAGGGUCAGAAAGUCGAUUUACCUGCACGAAGCGUUAGGAAGCGGUUCAAAGCUGGUGACCACGUCAAGGUCAUGACUGGGCAAAACGCAGACGAAACGGGCUUGGUCGUUUCAGUGCUGGACAAUGUCGUAACAUUCUUGUCUGAUAUGACAAUGCAAGAGGUUUCUGUCUUCUCCAAAGACUUGCGAGAAGCUGCAGAAGUGGGGUCCAGCACCAACAUCGUCGGAAACUAUGAACUGCAUGACUUGGUUCAACUCGAUGCGCAAACUUACGGAGUCAUCUUCAAAACCGAACGUGAUUCGUUCCGGGUAUUAGACCAACACGGUCAGGUGCGCCUUGUGCAGCCUCACCAAAUUUCGAUGCGACGAGACUCAAAUCGGGCGAUUGCUACGGACUCGGAAGGACACGAACUCCGGAUUAAUGAUAAUAUGAAGGAAACGGAAGGAGAGGGCCGAAAAGGACGCGUACUCCAUAUCCAUCAGGCCUUCCAUGUUUUCCUGCAUAAUCGCGACAUUACUGAGAAUGGAGGUGUCUUCGUAGCCCGAGCUCGUUCUCUGGCUUCUGUGGCUCCAAAGGGCAGCAUUCCUAAAGCAGGAAUGGAUCUUUCGAAGAUGAAUCCUGCAUUGGUUCCCCAAACGGGCGGUAUGGUGGGCUCGGGGAAUAUGGGGAGAGGUCCAAGGGAUAGACUGAUUGGGGUGGCGGUCACGGUCGUCAAGGGGCCGUACAAAGGCUACGUGGGCAUCAUCAAGGAUACCAAUGGGGCUAUUGCCCGCGUCGAAUUGCAGUCCAACAACAAAGUCGUGGCUGUUGAUAAAGAGAAGCUCAAACGACGCUUGGACAGCGGAAAACUUGUCGAACUCGAAGGAUACUACCCUGGAGGUGGAUUUGGGCGCGACAACUCAAAUAUGUCGCAAUUUGGUGGGUCACAAGCCAGCUCAUCGUCGUUCUCUGGAGGGAAGACGCCUGGUUGGGGCGGGAGAACACCCGGCUGGGAGUCUGGAAGGACCCCUGGUUGGAAUGCAUCGAGAACUCCCAAUCCGUAUGCCCAAGGAAACGACGGAAAAACACCAGCCUGGAGUGCGGCGUCAAAAACACCAAAUCCUUAUGCUAUGGGUGGACGGACUCCAGCUUGGAACGCCAACUCGUCAAGCACUCCAAAUCCGUAUGCCACAGCCAACACAGAUUCAUCAUGGGGCGGAGCCACUCCUGGCAGGCCAACAAAUUGGGGAGGGGCUACUCCUGGACGCCCUGCAAGAGCCGAAGCUGGUUGGGCCUCUCCUCGUCCUUGGGGCGAUUCAAACAAUACUUGGAAUGCGCCUACGCCAGCUGCUGCAGCUCCAACGCCAGGUUUUACUGGCGCACCAACACCAGCCAGCGCACCGACUCCUGGUGUUUUCCAUGUUCCGAGUACUCCUGCCGGAGCAUUUUCUUUACAUGGCAGUGGUUCUGGCAUGUCUGCACCGACACCUGGAGCAAUGUCAGCCCCAACUCCCGCUGCUUACCCAUCCUACAACCAGUUCCAAAUGCCAAUCGAAUAUGAACCGCCAGAAAACUGGGUCUUUGAUCCAGCCUACGCACACCAAAUCAAUCGCAUCAUUGUCCGAGUACACGGCACUCGCUCAACUCAUCCACACUACCUCGACGGGCAGUAUGAGGGCCGUGAAGCUCAAAUUCUGGCUGCAACAAAGAGCGCGAGCAACUUUGAGCAGACGGUGAUGAUUAUUGUGCCUGGAGAAGGGCUGAUGCGGUCUGGCUUCUUGGCCAAGUAUCUUCUACCCGUUGAGCCGGAUGCGGAAAACCAGGAAGCAUUGGUUUUGGAGGAUAACAAGCACAAGGGUGAAGUUGUGAAGGUGCGGGAGACGCCUGAUGCAGACAGCCGGCGACCGGUUUUAGUAUCACCAUUGAAGAGCUCAGAGGUGUUCGAGGUUACGAAAGACCGACUUCCAUCCGCGGUGGCUUCCGAGUCGGUGCCCAUUGAAACUGCCCAUGAGGACAUGAUCCAUGACGCGCAACUGGAUUACUACGGAAAACGACUCGCGACAUGCUCCUCUGACCGCACUGUCAAGGUAUUCGAUGUCAUUGAAGGAGACACGCAGAAAGUGGGCAAGACGUUGACCGGACACACUGGGCCUGUCUGGCAGGUGGCUUGGGCCCACCCAAAGUUUGGAAGCAUUCUCGCGUCCUGCUCGUAUGACGGAAAAGUUCUCAUCUGGAAAGAGCAACAACCGUCGACUGGCUGGAGCAAGAUUCGCGAGCAUACUCUCCACACUGCUUCCGUCAAUUCUGUCUCCUGGGCCCCCCAUGAACUCGGCGCGAUCCUAGCCUGCGCCUCGUCAGAUGGAAAAAUCUCAGUUCUCACUUUCAAAAAUGACGACCAGUGGGGCGCGGAUAUCUUCCCUGGCCACGCUAUUGGAUGCAACGCUGUUUCUUGGGCCCCGGCCACGACCCCAGGCAGUUUAAUCACGCCCGCCGCCCACCAUUUGCAGUCAAUCCCGUCUGCCCUGCCCCCCGCGCCAACGCCCCCCAUCAAGCGUUUUGCUAGCGCUGGCUGCGACAACCUCGUAAAAAUCUGGGCGUAUCGUGAAGACCAACAGGCUUGGGUUGAAGAGGACGUUCUUGAUGGUCACACUGACUGGGUGCGCGAUGUUGCUUGGGCUCCCAGUGUUGGAUUGGCCCGCAGCUAUAUUGCCACUGCUUCCCAGGAUCGCACUGUCUGCGUAUGGGUCAAGGAUGCCCCCAAUGGUCAAUGGACACGAAGCACUCUUGACCCUGCUUCCGCUGGCGAGGCGGCAGGAGGCAAAUUCCCUGAUGUCGUUUGGCGGGUUUCGUGGAGUCUCGCAGGCAAUCUGCUGGCAGUUAGUUGCGGUGACGGAAAGGUGACACUUUGGAAGGAAAACUUGAAGGGCGUAUGGGAGUGUGUGAGCGACAUGAACAGCUAG